CUGCGCGGUGGGAGCGAGAGGGAGGUCUCCUCCUUCUCUCCCUCCCCGCCCCGCUCUCUCCUCCCUCCCUGCCCGCCUGCCUCCGUGCCUGCAGCCGCAGCGCAGGGGCCGGGGAGCGGCGGCGCGGCAGGCACAGCCUCCCGGCGGGCGCCCGGCGGAGGCAGCAGGGCGGGCGGGCGUUGGCUGCGCCCGGCCCCGCCGCGCCGCCCGCAGGCUCCGCCCGGCGCUCCCAUGGCGCGGCGGCCCGGGGCCAGGUGAGCAGCGCUGCCUGUUGCGCCGAGCGGAGCGGAGCGGAGCGGAGCCGAGCCGAGCCGCCGGGGCCGCACGCCGAGAAGUUUUGCGGGAAGGCGCCGCGAUAUUUAUGCAAAAUCAUAAUGAAAACACCUUGAGAGUGGAUGUUAUUUGUACUGAUUUGAACACAGGAUAUUUCCAGAUGGAAAAUGAGGCAUGCUUCUAAGAAGCGUAUUGACCAUGAGGAAGCCCACGUGUUACUAACCAGUUUUUACUAGUCCUGCCGAAGAAAAUGAAGCCACGUUUCAGCUUUGCCGAUCCUUUUCCCACCCUGUUGGCUGAAUGAGAAAUGGUCGUGUGAUUAUGCUGACAGCCCAGCAUGCAUUUGGUAGACCUGUGGUUAACUCGUUCCCUCUCCAUGUGUCUGCUCUUACAAAGUUUUGUCCUCAUGAUACUGUGCUUUCAUUCUGCCAGUAUGUGCCCAAAAGGCUGCCUCUGUUCCCACUCUGGAGGUCUGAAUGUCAGCUGUAGCAAUGCAAACCUCAAGGAAAUACCCAGAGAUCUUCCUCCAGAAACAGUCUUACUUUAUUUGGACUCCAAUCAGAUAACAUCUAUCCCCAAUGAAAUUUUUAAGGACUUGCACCAAUUGAGAGUCCUCAAUUUAUCAAAAAACGGGAUUGAGUUUAUAGAUGAACAUGCCUUUAAAGGGGUGGCAGAAACCUUGCAGACUCUGGAUUUGUCCGACAACCGGAUUAAAAGCGUGCACAAAAACGCUUUCAACAACCUGAAGGCCAGGGCCAGAAUUGCCAACAACCCCUGGCACUGUGACUGCACGCUGCAGCAGGUGCUGCGGAGCAUGGCCUCCAACCACGAGACGGCCAACAACGUCAUCUGCAAGACUUCUGUGCUGGACGAGCACGCCGGGAGACCCUUCCUCAACGCUGCCAACGAUGCCGACCUCUGCAACCUCCCUAAAAAGACUACUGACUACGCCAUGCUGGUCACCAUGUUUGGCUGGUUCACCAUGGUGAUCUCCUACGUGGUUUAUUACGUCCGACAGAACCAGGAGGACGCAAGGAGGCACCUUGAGUACUUGAAAUCCCUGCCAAGCAGGCAAAAGAAACCAGAUGAAGCCGAUGACAUUAGCACUGUGGUGCUGGAUUGAGCUCAACGGAGAACCAGCUUUUCCACACAAACUGAGAAGAUGCCUGAGCUGUGUGGGCCGCCUGAAUUCAGGGAGAGUGAGCAGAUGGCACCCCUCACUGCAGGCCUGAUGAUGCUGUUCCUGAUGAACUUGGUUUGAAACACUUGUUCUCAUCCUUUGUGGAAAACCACAGUGGUUCAUGACACAUGGACCUCAGCUGUUCCAGUUUCCUGUUCCCAUGCUUCUGUGUGUGCACUUGUGUGGGUGCAGCAAUGCUUGACUCAGCUAGGUCUUGCUGGUGGGAGAGCAGGAAUUUCUGUGCUGGACCUUGUGAGUUUCUGUGUAUACAGAUGAUAAGGCCGGGUGGCAACAAUAUCCCUGGGAAGCUCUCUGUACGCUUGUUGGAGAGUGGGUGGGAGAGGGUCAGAGGGUGCUUGCCAUAAUCAUGUACUAUUGCAGUAUUCAUAUAAGUGGUUCAUGUUCUGUUUUCUGUUCUCUUACUGGUUUAAUACUUGAGCCUCUUCUGUAAAAGUGAAAGAGUAAUUAAAUCAUUACUUACCAGUAAUGCCAUCAUGUUUCUGACAUAAUGAAGAAUCACCUAAUUACUGUAUGUUACAUGUAAUAUCAGAGCCUGUCAUGUCGCUUUUCUCUGGGAGACUCCCCAGGAAAGGAGUCAGCC